UCAUUCUGCUUUUUAGAGGGAAAAGCAUGGGUUGCGUUGGGUAAACGGUCUGGCAGUUAUUUGUAACGCACCUCAGUACAAUUUUCGCCAUUCCAGAUUCGUAGUUUCAACUUGAAAUAUUGCAGUUUCCCAUUCGACUUGGAUGAUCCCAUUUGUUACUGAAAAUGGGAAGUCUCGCUGCAGAUAGAGAGGUGUUCUUUCGAAGGAUAAAGCGAUUCUAUUCGUCUUGGAAGAAUGAAGACUCUGAACUUGGGUUUGCUGAUAUGGAUGCAUUGGUCACAGCUUUGGGGGCGGAUGAGGAAGUUGUGUACAGCAAAACAUCUGCUUUACAAUCAUGGCUUCUUGGAUAUGAAUUGACUGAUACAGUUAUGGCUCUGUGUGAAGAUUCCAUCUAUUUCCUUGCAAGUAAGAAAAAGAUAGAUUUCUUACGCCCGCUGGAGGCCAUUAAAGAAGAGAAAGGCUUGCCUGCUGUUAAGCUGUUGAUUCGUGACAAAAGUGACAAAGAUAAAGCCAAUUUUGUGAAACUUAUUGAAGCAUUAAAAAAAUCUAAAAAAGGAAAAAAGCUUGGAGUGUUCUCAAAAGACAGUUUUCAUGGAGAGUUUAUGGAUGCAUGGAACAAUGCCAUCAAGAAAGAAAAAUUUGAGACAGUUGAUGUUAGUUCUGGGGCAGCUUACAUGAUGGCUCCUAAAGAAGAAUCUGAACUGAAUGUGAUCAAGAAAGCAUGUCAAGUAUCUGUUGAUUUAUUCAACAAAUAUUUAAAAGAACAGGUUAUGGAAAUUGUAGAUGCAGAUAAAAAGGUCAAACAUUCAAAAUUAGCCGAAGGAGUGGAGAACGCAGCCACUGACAAGAAAUAUGUUUCUGGUGUCGAUACGGGUCAAGUUGAUAUGUGUUAUCCAGCCAUCAUUCAAAGUGGAGGGAAUUAUAGCCUGAAAUUUAGUGCAGUGAGUGAUGAUAAACCCCUUCAUUUUGGAGCAAUUGUUUGCCUUUUAGGAGCACGUUACAAAUCUUACUGCUCCAAUAUUGGUCGAACCCUACUUGUCAACCCCACUGAAAAGAUGCAGGAUACAUACAACUUCUUGUUAUCGGUUGAAGACGAAAUCUUGAAAUCUCUGGUCGAAGGAGCAAAGUUUAGCGAUGUUUAUAAUGCUGCUGAGGCAUAUGUAAAGAAAGAAAAACCAGCCCUUCUUGACAAGAUGACAAAAACCCUUGGCUUUGUUACCGGAAUUGAAUUUCGAGAAAGCUCUUUGGUGAUCGGCCCGAAGAAUAACGCAGUUGUCAAAAAAGGAAUGGUCUUCAAUGUCAAUCUUGGAUUUGCUGACUUGGAAAAUUCUGACGGCACCGAUGAUCGCUAUAAGAAAUAUGCUUUGUUUUUGAGCGAUACUGUUAUUGUAUCCGAUGGUCCAGCUACUGUACUUACUGCUUCGAAAAAAAGGAUUAAGAAUAUCGGUAUAUUCCUUAAAGAUGAAUCUGGAGAGGAAGAAGAGGAGGAGGAAGAGGACGAAGAAAAGCCAUCACGACAGCCCCAGAAUUUAGGUCGAGGCAAGCGGACCGCUAUUCUUGAUUCUAAACUUCGGGAAACAUCUACCGAAGAAAAACGUAAGCAACAUCAAAAAGAAUUAGCUUCUCAUCUAAAUGAAGAAGCCAAACUUCGGCUUGCUCAGCAGAAGGGACGCUUGGAAGGCGAUAAGAUCCGGAAAUCUACCGUGUCAUAUAAAUCCGGGAAAGAUUUGCCAAAAGAAGAUGAAGUGAAGGAAUUAAAGUUAUAUGUUGAUCGUAAGUACGAAACGGUCAUCAUGCCCAUUUACGGAAUUCCAGUUCCUUUUCACAUUUCGACUAUAAAGAAUAUCAGUCAAAGUGUCGAAGGAGACUAUACUUACUUGCGUAUAAACUUUUUCCACCCGGGUGCAACCAUGGGUAGAGCUGAAACAGCUGCGUUUCCAAACCCUGAAGCCACAUUCCUCAAAGAAAUUACAUACCGAAGUACCAACAUCAAAGAACCUGGAGAACUGUCAUCUCCCUCUUCAAAUCUUAACACAGCGUUCCGUUUAAUCAAAGAAGUGCAAAAGCGAUUUAAAACACGUGAAGCUGAGGAAAAAGAAAAGGAAGAUUUGGUUAAGCAAGACACCCUGCUUCUUUCUCAAAAUAAAGCCAAUCCUAAAUUAAAGGAUCUCUACAUCAGACCAAAUGUAGCUCAGAAAAGAAUUUUGGGUUCACUGGAGGCGCAUACUAAUGGAUUUCGUUACACAUCCGUAAGAGGAGAUAAAGUAGACAUCCUCUACAAUAAUAUUCGACAUGCUAUCUUUCAACCAUGUGAUGGUGAGAUGAUUAUUCUUCUGCACUUUCAUCUCAAGAAUGCCAUCAUGUUUGGAAAGAAAAAGCACAAUGAUGUCCAGUUUUACACCGAAGUAGGUGAAAUCACUACUGAUCUUGGCAAACAUCAACACAUGCACGACCGCGACGAUCUGGCUGCAGAACAGGCAGAACGAGAGUUAAGACAUAAAUUGAAAACUGCUUUCAAAACAUUCUGUGAGAAGGUUGAAACCAUGACUAGGAACGAGGUUGAAUUUGAUGCUCCUUUCCGUGAACUUGGUUUCCCUGGUGUACCUUUCCGCAGUACAGUUCUCCUUCAACCCACUUCAGGAUGUCUCGUAAACUUAGUAGAAUGGCCUCCUUUCGUCAUUUCACUGGAAGACAUGGAACUUGUCCAUUUCGAACGUGUUCAGUUCCAUUUGAAGAACUUCGAUAUGGUCUUCGUUUUCAAAAAUUAUCAUCGAAAAGUAGCAAUGGUGAAUGCCGUACCGAUGAACAUGCUCGAUCAUGUCAAGGAAUGGCUCAAUUCGUGCGAUAUUCGUUAUACAGAGGGAGUUCAAUCCUUGAACUGGUCAAAAAUUAUGAAAACGAUUACGGAUGAUCCAGAAGCUUUUUUUGAUCUCGGAGGAUGGACUUUCCUUGACCCCGAAUCGGGCAGUGAAGGUGGAAAGGGAUCUGACGAGGAAGACUCUGAGGAAGAUGAAUACGCUCCGACCGACGUCGAUGAUGAAGAGGAUGAUGAAUCUGACAGCGAAUAUUCAGAAGCAGAUUCGUCUGAUAUGUCAGACGAUAGUGACUCGGGCAGUGAAGAAGGUGGUGGCGGUAGCUCCGACGAGUCGGGUAAAGACUGGUCUGAUCUUGAACGUGAAGCUGCCGAAGCCGAUAGAGAGCACGUCAAUUUUGAGGAUGAAUACUCAAGAAGCCGUGGGGGAAAAGGUGCUGCACCCCCACCUCCAUCUAAAAGCAGGGGCCAUUCUUCCUCCAGCAAACCAUCGAGCAAGCCGUCAAGCAAGCCAUCCAGUGGGCACAAAAGAAGUCGAGAAUCUUCUAGUGGCGACCGUCACAAGAAAUCACCCAAGAAAUCAAGGAAAUAGAAAACAACCGAGAAGGAUGUGCGUUUCUAACUGUACCGAAGGCUCAGUUUUACCGUAUUUUUACUUUCCUUUAUGGAUCCUUGUUUUAUGAUCCUUAUAUUUAACUUGAAAUCUUUCGUAAAGCUCGGUAAGUAACAAACCGUUACUCACUUUUGAAUUAGUUGCCGAAUGCUUCUCGUUUCAAUUGUAAUCCGUUCUUCAACCAAGUUAAUACACCAUUCAAGAACUUA